CUAACAGAUAUAAUUGAGACAAUAAUCUCUUUGCUGAGAGAUGGCUAUAAAAUGGGGAAAAACAUGUCUUUGCUAUUUAAUCGUGUGUUUUCUAUCUUAGGUUUUGUGGAAAGGAUCUUCCUUUAAAACGUGAAUAUUUACCUGAAGAAUGAGUGAAAAAGGUCCCAUCUCCCUGCUAGACGGCUCCCAGCUGCUGCGCCCGGAGCCCGCGUUCACCGACAAGCCGGUGGCGGCCUUCAGGGACUACUCCGUGGACGACCUCGACCCGGUGAAGAAGAGGGUGAAGGAUACCUACUAUGCCAUGCAUGGGAAUGUCACCGUGGAGUUUGUUAAACAGAAACGCGCCAAAUGGCUCCAGUUCAACCACUUCAAGUCCACCAUCAAGGACGCGCUCAUCCGGCUGAACUCGCUGGUGGACGAGUCCGACCCCGACUCCGAGCUGCCCAACAUCGUGCACGCCUUCCAGACCGCAGAGAGGAUCCGAUUGGAUCAUCCGGAGGACGACUGGUUCCAUCUGACCGGGUUGAUACAUGACUUGGGGAAGGUGAUGGCGUUCUACGGGGAGCCGCAGUGGUGCGUGGUGGGCGACACGUUCCCGGUGGGCUGUCGCUGGGCCGACUCCAUCGUCUACGGACUCGACAGCUUCAAGGAUAACCCUGACACUUAUAAUCCGAAAUACAACUCUCUCUACGGCAUGUACUCGCCCCGCUGCGGACUGGACGCGCUGCUGGUGUCGUGGGGGCACGACGAGUACCUCUACCAGGUGCUGAAGCACAAUGGGGCUACGCUGCCGGAGAAGGCGAUGUAUAUGAUCAGAUACCACUCGCUGUACCCGUGGCACUCCGGAGGGGACUACCGACAUCUGACGAACGAAAAAGACGAAGAAAUCCUGAAAUGGGUGUUGGAGUUCAAUAAAUACGACCUGUACACAAAAAGCGCUGAAGUCCCGGACAUCGAGGCGCUGUGGCCGUACUACGAGUCCCUCAUUGACAAGUACAUACCCGGGGUGCUCGAGUGGUAAUCAUAUACUUACCAAUAUUCUAGACCUUUAGGAAUUCAUGAAGUUACCUAUAUCACCCUGUGUAG